GAGGUAGAACUGGUAGGUGGAGACUGGACAGUCUGAGAGAGAUCCAACCCCCAUAUUUCCUACACAUUUUUCAAUCAAUGUUGACCCAUACUACCUAAAACCACCCAUAGCCCCAUUGUAUCAUACUAUCGUUAUACUCAUAUCUAGUACUUGAUUCUUUGAAGCCCAAAAUUUAAUAAAAUCCGAAACCAUUUUUCUCUCACCUAACACCUUCUUUUCCUUUAAAUUUCAUUACCCAUCUUUGUGUUUUUUUUUUAUCCUCAGACAAAGCUCUCCUACCAAAAAUGGAUUUCUUGGAAACCCCGGAGAUGCAAAUGUUAGCCAUUGGUGUGGCAUUUCUUGUUGUUAUUGCUACACUUGUUUUCUUCACCAGUAAGAAUAAAUCCAGAGUUUGUUUGGAUCCUGAAAAUUUCAAGGAUUUUAAGCUUGUGAAGCGCUCCCAAAUCAGCCAUAAUGUUGCUAAGUUCACAUUUGAACUUCCUACUACUACUUCAGUGUUGGGUCUUCCCAUUGGCCAACACAUAAGCUGCAGGGGGAAGGAUAGUCAAGGUGAAGAAGUCCUCAAACCAUACACUCCAACUACAUUAGACUCUGAUGUUGGACGCUUCGAAUUAGUGAUCAAGAUGUAUCCACAAGGAAGAAUGUCACACCAUUUCCGAGAGAUGCGUGUUGGUGAUUAUCUUGCUGUAAAGGGACCUAAGGGACGCUUCAGAUACCAGCCUGGUCAAGUUAGAGCAUUUGGGAUGCUUGCUGGAGGUUCUGGCAUCACUCCAAUGUUUCAAGUAGCUAGAGCAAUCUUGGAAAAUCCGAAAGACAAAACAAAAGUACAUCUAAUUUAUGCCAACGUGACCUAUGAAGAUAUUCUUUUGAAGGAAGAAUUGGAUGGGCUUGCUGAGAAUUAUCCUGAUCGUUUCAGUAUCUACUAUGUCCUCAACCAGCCUCCUGAAGGAUGGAAAGGUGGUGUCGGAUUCGUAAGCAAGGAAAUGAUCAAAGAACACUGCCCUGCACCUGCAUUAGAUAUACAGAUCUUGAGGUGCGGCCCACCGCCUAUGAACAAAGCUAUGGCUGCUCACCUGGAGGAACUGAGCUACACCUCUGAAAUGCAGUUUCAGUUUUGAUUUUGCUGAUAGUCAUAUCGCGCUUCUUAUAAUGCCAUGAUAUUGGAUCAUGCUAUGGUAUACACUUUUAGAUGUUUUUUCUGGGAGGUAGUGUUAGUCUGCCAGAAAACUUAUUUAGCUUGUUCACGUUGGUGUCAGGGCUGGACAAAUUUGUUGCGAGUAUUUAAAUACUUAUUUUGAUCGAUAAACAUUUGGACAAUCCUUUCAAUAAGGAUUAGCAAAAUGAUAAUUACUGAUAGAACAA